UUCAGUCUUUCGUGUUACUUUGUCGCAUUAACAAGAAAUGAAGUUCUUAAUCGUGGUUGCUCUUAUUGUAGCUUCAUCAGAAGCAUUCCUUAAAAGUGGAACACUUAAUCUUAGUGGAAGCUUUCAAGUACAUCCAUUAUUAGCAAAUCAUCUAGCGAAACAUAAACUAUUAGGAGGCAGUCAGUCAAAACCAGUUGAAUCAGUUCCGAUUGCAGCUGCUCCAGUUGUUGAAACUCCAAUUACCGAAAGUACAAUUGCUGUUCAAUCUGAUCCAAUUCCAACACAAAGUUUCCAUUCCAAAAUUGAUUUCAACAAAAUUUUAAAUGACAUCGUUGGAGUUAAGGUUCUUCUUCUAAAGCACAUUCAACAAGGAAUUAAUGAUAAAUUUGACAGCAAACUUAGACGAUUAGAGAAAUUUGAGAAUCAUGUUAAGAAUCAUUUUAACAAGAAUUCAGGAAGUUCAUCAAACACAAAUGUAGGAUUAGAUGCAACAAUUAGCACACCAGACCAUGAUGUAGCUUUCGAUGCUAAAGUAUCAGUCAAAAGUGACUCAAGAUUCGCACCAGAAAUCAAUAUAAUCACAAAUGAAUUUGCUAGCACUGCAACAACAGAUUCUAAUGACUUUGAUCUUGAUGAUUCAUCACUUAGUGCAUACAAGAGUGCCAAUCUUUCUGGACGAGAACCAAUUGUAUCCAACUGCGAUCACUAAGUCAUACAGUUAAUGGAACUUUAAUUUAUUUUAAACUUUACAUUUUGAUGAAAUAAAAGCUUUCAUUGAAAAAAAAAACUUUUGUAUUCUUAAAUCAGUGAAGGGUUAGAUCUGUGCUAGUAAAGUAAGGUAUGUUUUUGGUCGCUCUGUCGAUUUUU